AUGCCCAAUGUGAGGUUGGAAAGCGACCAUAUUGAAGCAGGCGUGCCCUCGCCUAUAGUCCACAUCGCGCUCCAAUGCCAACUCGGUCAGGCCUUGUCCAAAAUACCAGGGGUGAUGGGCGGAACAAUGACUCCCGCAAUCGCCGUCACUGUUCAACAAGAGACCGAGAAAUGGCUUGCUUCAUUUCCGCCUGCUUAUAGGCUUGUCAAUCCUGACAUGCAAUGGGACCAUGAUUACAAGUACGUGGAGGUGCAACGCAAACAGCUGCAUACUAUUGCCUAUAUGGUCAUGCUUAUGCCAUUGAAACAAUGUCUCACAAAAGACGUACAUCAAGACUCCUCCUCUAUCGAGAAGAGCCUCCAGCCCACUGCCAUUGACAUUGCACUGAAAUUGAUCAAGGCGGCUCACCAGCUCCUUGAUUGCAUGUUACCCCUAAACGCCAAGUUUCAUUUUGCCCCGUUCACGAUGUUUGACACGGCCGCCAGCCUAUGUUCAGCCAUCAUCCACGACCAGGGACGAUGCCUUCCUCAGCGAGACGAGGUUAUUGAAGCAAUCAGCGCGACGCUGGGCACACUAGAACAGAUCAGCCACAGCACGAAAACCGCCGCAAUAUGCUACUCAGUGCUCUCAAAACUUGUGAACAAGCUCUCCUUAGCGUCAGAGGAGGAAUUGAUCCUUCGCUCCAAGUCAUCCGACAGCCCACUUAGAGGGGUCAAGGCGCCCUCUGACUUUCAGUUAACUCUGGAUGCGGUCCCCACCAUCGACUUUGGCAUUAAUGACAAUCUGCAGCCCUUAGACGAACACAGUUCUGAGAUGUAUGUUUCCACAAUGCCAGGUUAUUCCUCCCUGGAGCCGCUGGCACCUCCGUCCUCCGACCUUCAGGAGCUUUUCAACGUGGACCUUGGCGAAUUAGGCCAGAUCUGGGAUUUGGAGAACCUCGGACUUGAUUUUCCACAGGCCUUAACUGAUUAG